GCUCCUACGUUGGUCGGCCGCUGGUUGAGCGAGUCUCAGUCAGUCUCGCGAGGAUAUCCCGGGAGUUAACAGGUGUUUGUAGGAGCAGGCCCUCCGCGAAGAGACGUCCGUCUCAUCCUCUCUUCCCUAUCGUCGCUUUCGCUUCGUCUUCGAUAUCGAGAUCCGCACGUCCGUCAAUUCGCCGACGAGACAAUACCGGUGAUUUUCGCGGAACAUGCGGUCCUGAGGAAAAGUCCUCGUGUCUCUUCCUCCGUGCAUCGCCUUGUAUCUAUUUUUUAUUUUCCUCGAAGAUCCCUAGAAGGAGACCCACAGGAAAUAUGACGACGAUAAGAAGAUGUCAGAUUACUUCUCUUCUGUUUUUCCUCGUCUUAACGCUCGGCACGUGCAAUGUCGAGCUACCUAAGCCGAGCUACACUAGGACGAUGUUGAAGGUUUCUCGAAGUCUCCCGGGCGAGACGGAAGAGCUGAAAGUACGAACGAGCGAGGGCAACGUAGCCACUUUAAUCGUUAAGCGACGAGAUAAAUUGUCGUUUACCUUCGAUGAUUCGAAGCUCGCAUCAAAACCUGUUCAGGCAGAAUCGAAUGUCACCGCGGAGAAUAAAAGCGAUUCGAGUGUGCGGAAUGAAUCGAAACUUGCCGACGACAGCGGCAGCGAAACCAGAAAGAAAAACGAUGUGCGAAGGCUCGAGGAAGCUCAAGUAGCGCAGAUCAGAGCGACAUUCUCCGAAUUGUCGGGAUCAAAGGACGAGAAACCAAACGUCAACCGGACCGAUGCAAAACCGAUAUCCGAAAAAAAUAAUCCAAUUAGCGGCAGCGUAAUCGAUUUUGGAAACUGGACACCGCUAGACGCGGAUGGGAGAGCAUUGAAACAGAUAGAGCCGGAAGAAGAGGAGGAGUAUAAGAAUUGGAAACCUUUGGGGACGAAUCUAAAGACUACGAUCGAGGAGAGGACGAGUUAUGACGAAGGCAGAAUCGGCGAUAUUCUGUUCGCCAGAAACCCCCAAGAUCGGAUUCAAAGAAAUGUCGAUUUACGAGACGGAAGCGAUAAGAACGAGCGAUCUAUCUACACGUACGUGCCUCGUCAGUCCACGAGGACGAAUAUCGGGGCGAAUCUGUCGAAAAAUCGAGACGGCAAAACCGUUCCCGCGGAGGUGAUUGUUCGAUCGGAGAUCAACGUGAAGACCGCGCCCAAGAGAACGCCCAUGUCGCUGGACGUGGACGGUACGCCGGUGAUCCAUGGUACAAGAGUACCCGACGAACCCAUUGAUAAGGUACAAAUUUGGCGAAACGCUCGAGUUAUUAACAACAGGUUGAUAAAUGUCGAAGGGAACACCGCGGGAGUCACCAUGGUACCCUCCGUUGAGCCUUACCCUGGUGAUAAUAUCGAGAAGAAGCAGAAGUUUGAUAAGUUCUUCAAAGAUAUCAAUCGAAGAUACGGUCGCGAUUACGAGGAGGAGGGCCGUAACGUAUACUUCGAGUGGGAUCCGAGAAAUUACAAGAGCGAAGCUUUGAAAGCCGAGGUGUACGAGCCGCGUAACGACCAUUACCGUGCGAGCGUUCACAAGAGGAUGCUGCAUCCGGAUAGCAUCGCGAAUUAUCCGAUCUCGCAACGUUACACCCCCGACAGCCAAACCAUCGCGCCCGUAGUCCUGAAAUCCGGCGCCCGAGCGCCGGUUCUUCAGUACGCUCAUCCCGAGCUGGGUGUGCAGCCCGCCAAGAUUCUGAAGAACGAGAAACGCCGCCCCGACAAUUUCCCCGAGAACCAACACUCGUUUACCGAACAACGUCACAAGAAGAAAUACGUGCUGAAUGACACGAAGAAUUACUAUCCGAAUCAGCAUUUCUACGGCCUGAAACGACCGAGCGAGCCGCCAUUUUGGAUAAAGAUUUCCGAGAAUCUGAAGAAUCAGAUCUCCACCGGGGUCGAGAGGGUUUCGCAAUUCACUAGACCGGUGAUCGAUCCCCUGGUGGAAGCCACUCAUAAGAUCUCGCAGAACCUCGGUCUCUCCAGGGGUAAGGAGGCUCAGGACAAAAUCGAUACGAUAGCUUCAGGCACCAGCAUCCUGAUACCGGCCUUAGGUCUCGUCGCGUCCGGAGCUGCGCUCGGAAUAGGUGCCGUGGCAGUUGGCCGGUAUCUCGAUGUGGACGUCUUGAAACGAUCAAACGCGGAGGACGAUCUCGAUCUCGAGCACAAGCGGGCCUUGGAAGCUGGAGCGUACUUGAGAGCGAUCGAGAACGAGAGUUCGAGAUCGAACGAGGCGACUCCUUCGCGGACCAUGUACGUUUUACAAAACGUCGCUCAAGACGACAAAGUGGGAGAUGAAAAUACGACUUCGAUGGAGAACGACGGAGUCUUUUUGAUUCUGGAAGACGAAGAUAAGCGAAACGCCGAGAGGAUUGAAAAUCGGGAGAGCAGACAGAUGGUGGACGAGGUCGACUAUGUGGAGACUAACGGACGAAGAAAAAGGAGAAGCCUGGACUAUCUAAAUAUCCUUAAGACGGACGUUGACAUGAGAAACCUGGUGCGUGGCAAACGCUUUCAGAGGAAGGGAGCCGAUUCCAUCAGCGAAAUCGUCGAGAUCGAUCUGCCUGCUAACGCAGGUCGUAUCGAUAUUACCGAAUUCUUGAUUCCAAAGAAGAGUAAAGAGAGACAUUCGAAUGGAAAUACCAUGUUGACCGUUGAUAACGGCAGCACGAGGGUGGAAAAUCUCAAAGCGGACAUAUCGGAUCAAAACACGUUGGAGAACAACGUGAAAAUUGUUGGAGAUGUCAUCGAUAAUUUACAGAACAUAGUUUCGACGAAAGAAGAUGGUAUUCAAGAUCGAAGAGAUGAUACCGAUGGUAUUUUCGUCGUGCUGGAUGACAAAUCGCAAAUUCUCAGGAGUAAUCUCGAGAAGGAAACGAUAAGAAAGAUCGGAAAGAUCGAUGCAGACUUUUCAAAAGAGGACAACGGAAGACAAAAGCGUAGCGUUGACAGCGAUCAGGAGCUCCUGGAUGCUUUGCAAAAUUUGGAGAACGCGGAAAUAGCCGAAAUUGCUCACAUACAAGGCGAUUGGACGAAUACGCCCUGUGCAAAGAGAAUAUUUUGCGACACGAUGAUUCAAAGAGGAUCCGACGCCUCGGUGCUCAUGGAGAAGAAGAUGGCAGCGUUAUUAAGACUAAUUCAGCCUGGAGCAGCUGUUCAAGUGUCCAGUCACUUCGAGGAGGUCAUGAAUGCUGUCAGGAGGCACGAUUGUUCCAUCUUUUUGUGUCCGCAGGCGAGACCCGGCAACGUCUUUCUUUAGAGAUACGCGACUACAAUUUUUUUUAAUCACACACUCCUAAAAUAGUUAUAUCAUAAAAAUAUCAAUUCAAAAAUUAUUGGGAAAACAAGAUGAAAAACAUGACAAAAUAUUUUAUAUAAUUAUUAACAAUUCUUCGAAUUCUUUAAUUAUAGUCAAAAACGAGCGAGAAAGUAUCCUUUACACGCAAUUAAUUUAAAUGUGACUGUUUAAAAUUGCUGGUAUUUUAAAAUGCCGAUAAUAAUGUAAUGCGUUCUCUUUAGAUUUGUCGGGUACAUUCGCAAGAGAAUGAUCGUCACGUAUAUAGAAUAUUUUUCGAGUAGCGAAGUUGUUGCGAUCAAGCUUGUUAACGUUAUUUUCGGAAAAAAAAAUUUCAUCAAUUUUCACGUUUGCAACGAUUUUGCGGACGACUUUUAAUAAGAACGUUUUCGAUGAACACAUCGAAUUGGCACAGAGCCACAACUGUACAUACUUGCCACCGAGGCGAUUUUAUUUAAAAUGCACACAUACUUAUAAUUUAGGUGAUUAAGCAUAGAAUUUAAGGAAAAAAAAAUGAAAGAUCGGCGAAUAAUCAGUUGCAUUAAUUGCAACUUCCAAAUGUUUAUCACAUCAUAAUCACCCUUCGAUAAACAUUUUCGCCUAUCGCUUCAUUUUGUCUCACAUUUCUAAUUCCGUCCGAAUAAAUUAUUUUGUAACGAGAUAUAAUUUAAUUCGACGCGUUGAGCAUCAGAGAAGUAAAUAAAAUAUUAUAAGCGAAUCUUAAUGAUUCGAAGAUUAAGUCAUUGCCAAUCCGCGCGUCAGACAUGAAAAUAUAUUUAUUUCUGUAUUUUUCUACGCGUACGACAUCGUGUUUAUAAGAGUCGAUAAAUAAACGAUAUUUUUUACUA